UAAAGAUUUGCAAUUUGUACCUCCAACUAAAUUAACCAUGAUGUCCUCACAGCUUCGCCGGCGGAAACACUACGUCCUUUCCACGCUUAUCCUCGUACUUUCCCCACUGUUUCUCCUCAUCUCUGCUCAACACCACCACGACGCCGCCGCCGCCGCCAUAACUCUAUUCCAGCAAUAUCUUCGUAUAAACACUGCCCAUCCAAACCCAGACUACCAUGCUGCUGUCACUUUCCUCCAGAACCAAGCUCAAUCCCUCGGUCUUCGCACCCAAACCCUCGACUUCUCCUCCUCCAACAACACCAACAAGCCACUUCUUCUUCUAUCGUGGCUUGGUUCAGACCCAUCUCUCCCAUCCAUUCUCCUUAACUCGCAUCUUGAUUCUGUCCCCGCCGAGAAUUCCAAAUGGAUCCAUCCCCCCUUCGCUGCUGUACGGACUCCCGACGGCAAAAUCUUCGCUCGAGGUGCGCAGGACGAUAAGUGUAUAGCGAUCCAGUAUCUGGAAGCCAUUAGGGUUCUUCAGAACCAAUUCCGAUUCAAACCCAUCAGAACUAUUCACAUAUCCUACGUUCCUGAUGAAGAGAUUGGUGGGAUUGAUGGAAUGGCGAAGUUUGUCAAAUCCAAAGUGUUUGAGGAAAUGAACGUUGGGUUUAUGAUUGAUGAAGGGCAGGCUUCAACCAAUGAAGAAUUCAGAGUCUUCUAUGCUGAUCGAUCGCCAUGGAAUCUGAUCAUUAAGGCUGUUGGAGUUCCCGGACAUGGAUCGAGGAUGUAUGAUAACAGUGCCAUGGAGAAUUUGAUGAAGAGCGUGGAGGUUAUUAGUAAGUACAGAGAGAUGAAUUUUGAUCAAGUGAAAGCUGGAUUAGCUAUGAAUUCAGAAGUUAUUUCUGUUAAUCCUGUCUAUAUGAAAGCUGGAAUUCCAUCACCAACUGGAUUUGUGAUGAACAUUCAACCGUCUGAGGCUGAAGCAGGGUUCGAUCUUCGGUUACCACCAACUGCAGAUCCUGAUCUUGUAAAGAAAAGGAUUGCAAAUGAAUGGGCUCCUGCACAUAGGAAUAUGACUUUUGAGAUAAUUGAGAAAGGUCCUCUUAGAGACUAUAUGGGACGGCCAUUAAUGACAGCCACUAAUGAUUCAAAUCCAUGGUGGUCCAUUUUCAAGAAAGCAGUAGAAGAAGCUGGUGGAAAACUUUCUAAACCAGAAAUACUUUCUUCCACUACAGACUCUCGUUAUAUUAGGCAAUUGGGAAUUCCUUGUCUGGGUUUUUCCCCCAUGAAGAAUACUCCAAUUUUACUUCAUGAUCAUAAUGAGCAUUUGAAGGAUACAGUUUUCUUAGAAGGGAUUGAAGUGUAUGCAUCUAUAUUCAAGUCAUUGAGUUCCUUUGAGGGGGAUAAUGCUUCACAAUUACUAAGGGAAGACUAAAUUUACAGUGUGACUUCAAAUGUUGAAAAUUUGUAUGCCAAAUCAAUAGGUUUUCGACUUAUCAAAGAUUGAUUCUAAGACUGAUUCUAGUGGCAAUGGUUUGAUGUUGGUUUCAUUGUAAUAAAUAUAUAUUCCUUAAAUGGAUUGGAUCGGAUGCUCAAA